AAUCAGCUGCUUUGUGCGGUAGUAGCACCGAGAGCGAUGUUGUCGUCGCCGCUGCACUGAAUGUUGAACCGUUGUUAUUAUCGUUGGUGUGUUGUGCGGUGCGUCCGUGGCGUGCGAGUCCAUUGAGUUUACCUGCCGCAUCUUUGUGCCGGCACCGGCAUCAACCGUCCAAAAACGAGACACCCGAUCAUCGUCCGACAUUCCCGACGCUCUCGCGUACCAAACGCACCGUUCUCGCCUACACACGCGGCGAGUUCAUCAUCGUUCGUGCGUGUUCAGUGGAGAUAAGUGCCGCGCAUCACAGCGUCUCGAAAUACCUCCUCGUUCCUGUGGACGGCGACAUCGUCGAAGGUCUGGUGUGUCAAAACGGGGUAAAAAUUGUGCAAGUGCCACCCGGGCUACUACCACACCACAAUAUGGAUUACAAAAGCGUCGUCUACAACGCCGCUCGCGAUGGCAACCUGAAUAGGCUAAAGAUCUAUCUGCACUGCAACAAGGGGAAAGACGAGGUGAGCCAACUUGUAGCGGCGAAGACAUCCGGGGCCACACCACUUGUCAUCGCCUGUCGGAAUGGACACUAUGAAGUCGCCGAGUAUUUGAUUGAGAACUGUAAUGCGGAUAUUGAACAGCCAGGAUCAGUAAUGUUUGAUGGUGAGACAAUAGAAGGUGCACCACCUUUAUGGUGUGCCGCCGCCGCCGGAUAUCUUGAAAUCGUCCAGCUGCUUAUCUAUAACGGUGCCAAAGUUAACAGCACAACACGAACGAAUUCCACUCCGCUGCGCGCGGCAUGUUUCGACGGACACAUUGAUAUUGUUAAAUUUCUAAUCGCGCACGGAGCAGAUAUCGAAGUGGCGAAUCGUCACGGACAUACGUGUCUAAUGAUUGCAUGCUAUAAGGGUCACAUCCGGAUCGCGAAAUACCUCCUCAAGCUGAAAGCCAGCGUCAAUCGGAAGAGCGUCAAAGGCAAUACGGCGCUGCAUGAUUGCGCCGAGUCUGGCAGUCUGGAAGUGCUCAAACUGCUCAUCGAGCACGGCGGCACCAUGGACGUCGAUUCCUACGGCAUGACGCCAUUGUUGGCUGCAGCGGUGACCGGCCAUAAUCAUAUUGUAGAAUAUUUAAUCAAAUUGCCGCACCUGGUGUCGCGUAAGGAGCGCAUCGACGCGUUGGAGCUCCUGGGUGCCACCUACGUCGAUAAAAAACGUGAUAUGAUUGGCGCCCUUAUGUAUUGGAAACGCGCCAUGGAGGACAGAUAUAAUGGUGAUCCGCCGAUACUCACAGCGAACGCAAAAGUAGCCGCGUAUGAUUUCGCUGUGGAAAUCACCGAUCCAGAGGGUCUGGAUGAUCUCAUGGCUGAUCCGGACGAGAUGCGAAUGCAGGCGCUGGUAAUGCGUGAGCGUAUCCUCGGCCCAGCACACCCCGACACCAGUUAUUACAUCCGUUACCGAGGGGCUGUCUAUGCGGACGCUGGCAAGUUCAAUCGCUGCAUAGAACUGUGGAAUUACGCGCUGGAUAUGCAGCAGUCGAUGCUGGAACCGCUGAAUCCAAUGACGCAAAGCAGUCUGUUUAGUUUUACUGAACUCUUCUCGUUCAUGAUGGGCGAGGAAGGUAAACCCACGACUCGUGGUCGUGUUGUACCACCAGUGGAGUUUAAAGAACUGCUUCGGGUGUUUACUAAAGCUGUAAAAGAAGUAGAACUUGGUAAUUUAAUGCUGGAGCGUAUGCCAAACGCUGAUCGUGAUGUAACGUACCUCAAUCGUGUGCUGGUUAUUACUUUACACUUGGCCUGCCUGCUGACUAGACUGCUCGACCAACACCCGGAGGAUGAACGCAUUUCGGAUGAAAUCCACCGCGCUAUUUACAGUCUUGUGCGGUUGAAGAUACGCAGUAAGUUAGGCAGGACUGCUUUACACCUGGCAUGCUGCAGAGAGGCGGCGUUGGUCGGAAGAUAUCCGGCUUGUCAGUUCCCAUCAUCGCAUUUGGCCGAGGUGUUGUUACGGGUUGGUGCUGAUCCGAACGCACGUGAUGAAGAAGGUAACACUCCACUGCAUUUGGCCGCGAUGGCACGACCAUGCCCCACACGCCUACCUGCCAUUUUGUUAGAACACGGCGCGCAUUUGGAUCUGGUGAACAAUGCGGGCGAAACAUUCGCGAGUCUGCUGGACAUCGGACAACGCGUGCAUGAGCUUGUCAAUACGGCGAAACACACACGGCUGAGUUGUGCCGCCGCACGGGUGAUCAAACAAUUUAAGAUUCCGUACAAAGGCGUCGUCACGCACGCACUUGAGACGUACAUACAGAACCACUAAUUAACUCUCCGGUUAACGAACGCAGCGAAAAAGUCAUAGGCGCGUGUUUUAUAUAGAAGGGCGGCGAAUGAUAACGAAAAUACUUCCACUCACAUUAUGACAACUAUUAUUAUAUAAAUAUAUAUUAUAUACUUAUUACAACUCGUAACAGAAUAACUGAAUUAUUAAAACACUGUCCAUGUGCGAUUCGAUUCGUUGGUGAUCGAAUGCGGGAAAAUGUGCAAGAUGAAAUCAAAAGUAAUACCAAUACACCUAUACAGUUGAUGACACGCAAAAAACAAACAGCUAGUAAUAUAAUAAUUGAUACUGAGCAGUGCAAAUUUACUACAUAAAAUUUUUUAAAGUCAAACAAAUGGAAAACUACCAAGGCAAUUUUGUAAACUUAUAAAUUGACAUACCUAGCGAAAUUUUAAGCAAACUAUGUUAGCAUAAGUCCUAAACUGAAUGUGCAACAUUAAGAAAAAAAAACAAGCGAAGCUUCUAGUUUAUAUUGAAACACUAACUAAACGUAACGAAAUUAAACUUUAAACAAGUAAUGUAACAAUAAUUAGGCAAUUUUAGUAGCUAGUUGGGCGCAUAUUAGUAAAGCACACCAAUGAAGAUGACGAAAAAAAGACAAGAUUCAUGAAUUGCGUUCUGAUUUGUUUGUGGAAUUUAACAAGAAAUUUAAAUCUCAUCGAAAAUUAUUAGCCAAUUAGUGAAUUCUAUUGAUAUGGAUCUAAAUAUUUGAUUAGCUAAUUGAAUAUUUUUGCUAUUUAUUGAAAUCAUGCUCAUCCAAAAUGAGAAAACGCAUCACUUUUGUGGAUAAUUAUUAAUUACUUACUGCGAUUACGACUCAACUGAUUAGGAUCAUGUGUUGAGUGAUAGACAAGAUUGAUUAUUGUACUGAGUACUGAUAUCUUCAAAGAUUUAUCUAGAUAGUUUAUUGGGUCUUAAAUAAUUUUGAAUCGACUUGACUUUUGAAGUGUAAUGAAGCGGUAAGAGUGCAAAUUGAUGCAUUCUCAAUAACGACUGAUGUGAAUAUUAUAUUACUUAUCACUCUCUCUCUCUCUCUCUAUUAUUAAACUCGUUCGACACAACUGAACAAAAAUAUUUUUCAACGGUAGUAGCGGUGCGGAUGGAGACGACAAGGCGAGACAAAAACACAAAAUGCUUGAUAGAAGAAACUUGUGAUUUACGUGUACGAUAAUGUAAUUAAAUAACAAUGAAACACUGAUAACAUAAGAUAAGUUAAUUAAGAUCAUAUAGAUGACAUAGGCAUAGGUGGCGCACAAAUUGGGAAAUUUAUCGAAACGAAAAUUUAAUUGUGUAGAGAAAUGAUUUAAGAGAAAAUAUUAGGCGAAUUGAAUGGCGUAGGCCGUAGAGGAUAUGUUUUUCUUGUUUACUUUGAACGUCAUAUACAUAGUACAUACCUAUAUCAUGGAUUAAAGCCGCUAUAGACUACGAUUUAAGUUAUGCAUACGUUACAGAUUUGUGUGAUUUAUCAUUAUCAUUACCGUCGUAACUGAUUUGAGGAACUUUUGAGUUUGUUUCAAGAGUGCUACCGCUAGCGCAGAUCGCCCUAGCUAUAUCUAAAUAUAUCCUAAGUAAUAAUUAAAUUUUCGAAUAGGUUACAUUCUACAUGUAAGUAAGGCAUUGUAUAUUUGAAAAUAUGAAUUUUGUUAUGUAUUAUAUGAGAAUAUGAAAGAAGAAUAAAGCGUAUAAAUUAUUA